GAAGGGCGCUUGAUGACAAUAAACAAUAACAAAUAACAAAAACGAGAGAAGAGACAGACAGUGAGGUAAAAAAGUUAGUAACACAACGAUGGAUCCAGAUCCCAAUCGUGGUGAUAUCAGUGCAGACGAUGGGCAGGAUGAUGCCGAAGACCGUAUGAUGAGUCAACGGGACGAUACUUCGGAUUCGUCCUCUUCGUCUGACUCGGAGGAUAAUGACGAGGCUGAAGACGACGAUCAGGAUGAGGAUGAGGAAGAAGAGGAUGAGGAUCAAGAGGAAGAGGACGUCAAGGGGGAUCAAAUUCGAUUGGACAAGACCGAAGAGGAAUAUGACAGCCAUGUGGAGGUGGAAAAGGAUGAGCCCGAGGGCGAAGAGGACGAAGACCCCGCUAUGGAGGAAGCUGUUGAGCAGGAUGUUCAAGAUGAGGACGACGACGAGGAUGAUGAUGAUGAUGAUGAUAACGACGACGACGAGGAUGAUGACGAGGAUGAUGAUGAGGAUGACGAAGAGGAUGACGAUAUUCAAGCCAUGGACAAUGAAAGCAAAAAACGAGGCCUCAUCUUAGAGCGAUGUCGAGCUAUUGAACAAGACAAUGAGCACUUGGCCAAUCGAAUCUAUGAGAUCCAGACCCUCAUCAAGAAAGAGAGGCGCAAGAAGCGAUUGCUCAUGAUGAAGUUGGACCAGAUUGGCGACAAUUACCGCAAUGUCCCCAUCAUCAUGCCUCCCAAGGAAGUGGAGAAUUUCCAACUGGCCAUGGCUAGCGGGGGACUCUACGGCAAGGGCGAUAAAAACGCCUCGGGUGCUCCGAAACGCAAGCCGGGCCGACCUCCCAAAGGUCCCGUGGGACGCCCGCCCAAAAAGCCCAAGGAAGGCAAAGAUCCCAAUCUACCCAAACGACCGCAAAACCCCUUCUUUCAGUAUUGUCAAGAGCAGCGCGCCCGGGUUCAUCGUGAGUAUCAGCGAGAGCAAAAUGUGGAGCUGUCCAAGAAAGAGCUCACCAAGAUCCUGGCCCAAAGAUGGCACGAAAUGGGCUCGGAGCAAAAAAAGAUCUACAACCUUCUCUUCGAAGAAGAAAAGCAACGGUACUCGGCCAACAUUUCCGAGUAUCAACUCGCCAAAGCCAAGGAGUCUUUACUCAAAUCCUGAUCCAAUGCUGUGCUUUUAUGUAGAAUAGAAUAAAGUGGUCGUAA